UGUUACUCUACUCGGCCGCAGCAACCUUCUGCGACACGAUCUGUUAAUAUUGUCGCCCAGUGGAACUACUUCUCGAGCUUUUACGCAGGCGGCGCUAGUGGCCGCAGAGAGAACCCAGAGAUCUCACUAUCAACAGGCGGGGAUCAAAAUCGAUACUGCGCGUUUGAUCAUAAUACUUUCAAUUUAGUAUUUCGCAUCGGCACAAUGAAGAAGCAUUGCUAAAGCGAUUGAUAUGCAUGGUUGAUGCUGCAUGAUGAUGCCGCGACGCACUUACGAUCUCUUUCUGGUCGAUAGUACAAGAUUGCAUCAACUAACUCUACUCGCAUGAGGUGACAUAGCAACUUUCUGUGGUCCGCAUCUUCAUCAUCGAUUACAUUCAAUUUUCAUCCGAAAAUCCAAAACACAGCAGGCGACUAUCAGUGAGACCUUCGGAGAUGAGGUAUUGGUACCAUUGUAUGGGUUUUAGUAUACACUGACUUGUAUUCUAACCGUGUACCCAUCCGAAGUUUUAUUACUAGGGUAGGAGUUUUAGUUUUUCUUUUUUUGUCUUGUGACAAGGACAAAGCAGCAGGAAGUAUCAUUCCAUGACUACCUUUUAUACGCAAAAAGGUCGACAUUGUGUCCGUGUCUUCACUAAAGUCGUAGCACACAUGUUUUGUGAUUUGCGUACUACACAUGUGUUUAGGGAAAUAUGAUCUGAAGAGCUUUUGUCUUCAUCAACUUUCCACCUGAAAUUCGCGUUUAUUUCAGCAAGCAGGAGAAGCAAUUUUCAUUUUGUGUGUGGCUCAGUCUUUAAUGGAAAAGAAGUACAAGAAAAAAAAAGACUCUACUUGUUUUGGCACGACGUUUAGUCACUCCUAUCUCGUCGAAUAAUAAAAGUCAAGGCGACUUCUUGCCUAUGGAAAAUAGCCCUACGAAGAAAGUUUAGUUGUAGAAAGAUAUUUGCUCCACAAGUGUUGCUUUUCGUAGCUUGUAGGAAGACGAAAUAGCAAUCGGUGCUACAAAAUUUAUUCGAAAAUUGUUGCUAGGCCACACGGGGCAAAAAAUUGCAGUCAAAUUGAAAUGGUUUAUUUCUUUCUUCCGAGUCUCAAUACUCAAAGCAAUAGCACUCACACUUACUCUACAUGGAUAUUAUUUGUUAGGUUUUCCAACUGAAGCCGACCAAAACACUACACUUUUACUCCUAGCGGCUUCGAGCAUUGCUGCUCCAGCAGUGCCUAUCGACAGCUAUUGCAAGCUAAGAGCACAAAAACGAAGACUACAGGAGCAAAGGUGUUUGGCGUUGGUUGGGGGAGACACCAGCAGCGAAAACGAGUAGACGACAUCGAGCCGUUGCAAAUUGUCAAAUCACCGACUCGCGAGAGGUUCUUCCAGAGAACGUUGUAAGUCAACGAGUCACGGCAUUUUUGCACUGCACUGCGACGGAGGUGACAUUUAGAUUUACCGAGAUAAUUCUUACUAGUAAAAGAGUCUAUUUAUACAGUUUUGAGCUAAUGCUCUUGCUCGCUGGCUUGUCCUCGUGCUUGUUCUUGGACAGAUGCAAAAUGAAUAAAUCCUUUAUCAAUCUAGUAAAGCUACGAGGCAGCCUGCAACUUAUCCCCAAAAGUUAUGGGCGAGGCUGCAAGAGCAGCAGCGGUUCCGAUGACUGAACGCACUGCGCAGCAGGAGGUGGAGGCGCCGCGGAACUAUAGGGUCAGUCUCAGUCGAAUGACGCCGGAAGAACAGCUAUCUUCACACGUGUCCUCUCCAACUUUGUCUUGCGCACCUGCGGAUGAUCUGUUUGAAGUCGACCAGUUGUUCAGUCCAAGAACAAUCACCCUAACUGCGACCCCAGUCGAAUUCCAGCACUUUGCCUCGAGGAAAACGGAGGACAUGGGCAAUUUUUGUGAAUCUAACCUGUGCGAGGUAAGGAAUCACGCGUAA